GCGUCACUAACAACAUCACCCUGCCGAAGCAUGGCCGCGGACAUGAGAUUGCCGACUGUUCGGAAGCAAGUAUCUCUUUCUGGUUCCAAAAGUGCAAUAGCCAGCCUUGUUGUUCCUGGAGAUGUUAUUACAACAGACACUGGGUUUAUGCGGGGCCAUGGGACCUAUCUAGAUGAAGAAAAACUCACUGCCUCUGUCGCUGGGGAGGUCGAGAGGGUUAACAAACUCAUUUGCGUUCGUCCUUUAAAGACCAGAUAUAACGGUGAAGUUGGUGAUGUGGUUGUUGGAAGGAUUACGGAGGUGCAACAGAAGCGAUGGAAAGUGGAGACCAACUCCCGCCUGGACUCUGUGUUGCUCCUUUCUGCCGUUAACUUACCUGGUGGAGAGCUGAGACGGCGAUCAGCAGAGGAUGAGUUGUCCAUGAGAGACUACCUUCAGGAGGGUGACCUCAUCAGUGCCGAGGUGCAGGCUGUCUUUUCUGACGGAGCGCUCUCUCUCCACACUCGCAGUUUGAAAUAUGGAAAGCUGGGUCAAGGUGUUCUAGUUCAGGUGUCCCCUUCGCUCGUGAAGAGACAGAAAACCCACUUUCACUACCUGCCCUGUGGGUCGUCCAUCAUAUUAGGGAACAAUGGAUUCAUAUGGCUCUACCCCACUCCCGGACAACAGGACGAAGAUGCUGGAGGAUACUACACCAGCAUAGAGCCCGUAGCCCUGUCAGAUCGGGAGGUAAUAUCCCGACUGAGAAACUGCAUUCUUGCCCUGGCUGCCCACAAAGUCAUGCUGUUUGACACAAGUGUGCUGUACUGCUACGAGUCCUCCCUCACACACCAGAUUAAAGACAUUCUAAAACCAGAGGUCAUGGAAGAAGUGGUCUUGCAAACAAGGCACCGGCUGGCAGACCAGGAAGGUUGAGACGUGUGUCACGUGAUGGAUGACGUUCUGCCUCUUUACACACCCCUGACUGCAAUACUAAGGCUAAGGAUUCUCUGCAUUCCAAGCAAGCUGACCCUUAACAACAGUAAUUUGUUUACUGUAAAAUAAGUUCCAUGGAAAACAUUUGUCAUCACCGUCAUUUCCUUUUGUUGUUGAAAUGGACAGAGGAUACUGCCAUUCAGUGAGGGAUGGUGUAUUAUAACUUUUGUAUGUUUUCUUGUAAAAAAAAAAAAAAAAUCUUGUAAAAACAAAAUACUGAAACAUC